GAAAUUCCCUUGGCAGAAAAGCGACAUCUGCUACAGUGGGACAGUGACAUCGCGUAUCGGAAAGGGUCAACGAAGAUCUGGGUACCCAAUUACCCUCCUUUGCGCCAGUUACUACUCAAAGAAUACCACAAUGUCCUAUUCGUAGGACACUUUGGUAGCAACAAGAUGCUGACAGGUAUUGCGAAGCACUACUACUGGCCCCACUUGGCAGAAGAUGUCCAGAAAUUCGUCACCUCGUGUGAUACAUGUGAGCGGAUGAAGAGCAGCAAGCAGAAGAAGGCGGGACUACUACAGCCUCUUCCUAUCCCAGAACAACCAUGGCAAGUGGUUAGCCUGGACUUCAUCACCGGGUUACCACCUACCACCAGCGGUCAUGACGCAAUCCUUGUCGUCAUCGACAAGUUCUCCAAAAUGGGACACUUCAUCCUGACACACACGACAGCACGCACCGAAGAAACAGCACAACUAUUCAUUCGCUACAUCAUCUCACAACAUGGCAUUCCAACUACACUCAUCUCUAACCGAGACCCCAAGUUCACCAGCAAGUUCUGGAAGGAACUCAUGUCUCUGCUUGGGACCAAACUCGCCAUGUCAUCCGCCUACCAUCCGCAGACAGAUGGACAGACCAAGCGCCUUAACCAGAUUAUUGAGCAACUCCUCCGAGGACGAGAUCUCCAAAUGGGACUUGCACAUGCCCCUACAGCAGAAGCAGUAGCAGCACCAGAAGGAGCAGCAGACUCAGCAGCACCAGCAGCAGCAGUAGCAGCAGCAGCAGCAGCAGCUGAAGGAGCAGCAGCAGCAGCAGCAGCAACAGCGGCAGCAGCAGCAGUGGCAGCAGCAGCAGCGGCAGCAGCAGCAACAGCAACAGCAGCAGCAGCAGCAGCAGAAGGAGCAGCAGCAGCAGCAGCAGUAUCUACAGCCAUCCCCAUCCUCCCCUCCUCUUUGAGCCGCCGCGGCAUCACGAUCGAACAUAGUGCUGGCGCCGUUGACUACACCAGCCGUCUCCUGGACCUUGCCUCCCGCCUUGAGGCUCGCCAGACUACUCUCCCCCCAAACCUUCAGAUCUACCGUCUCCUCGAAGGCCUCUCCCCUCAAUAUGAAGUGCGCGUCAUCGCCUUCACUGAGGCUCAGCCCCGCGCCUCCCUUGACACUGCUCCCCUCCUUCCUCCAAAUCCUGCUCCUCCCCCUCCUCCUUCCUCAGGUGACAUUUACGACCCAGCUGUCCCUGACUCCCCUGCUCACUCUGCCUCAUCGCACCACCAGCAGCAGCAGCAGCAGCAGCAGCAGCAGCAGCAGCAGCAGCAGCAGCAGCAGCAGCAGCAGCAGCAGCAGCAGCAGCAGCAGCAGCAGCAGCAGCAGCAGCAGCAGCAGCAGCAGCAGCAGCAGCAGCAGCAGAAGGAGCAGCAGCAGCAGCAGCAGCAACAGCAGCAGCAGCAGGUGCAGCAGCAGCAGCGGAUGGAGCAGCAGCAGCAGCAGCAGCAGCAGCAGCAGCAGCAGCAGCAGCAGGAGGUGCAGCAGCGGAUGGAGCAGCAGCAGCAGCAGCAGCAGCAACCGCAGGCAGUGCAGCAACAGCAGCCGGAGCAGGAGGUGCAGCAGCAGCACCAGCAGCAGCCACAGCAGCCACAGCAGCAGCAGCAGCAGCAGCAGCAGCCACUGCAGCAACCUCAUCGGCAUCGCCGCACCACCUCUCCUUGGGUGUACACCUGUGUUGGGGUGUCAAUCCAAUCCAAUUGUGGUUGGAGCCCCCAAACACAAGGACCACAAUUGUGGGGGCACCACAAGUGGGUUGGCUAAACCACUGGUGGUACACCACACUUGGAC